GCUGGAGCUGCAGCUACAGACAUAGAGGUGGUCCGGGGCAAACGGGCCGCCCUCUUCUUUGCUGCUGUGGCCAUCGUGCUGGGGCUGCCACUCUGGUGGAAGACCACGGAGACCUACCGGGCCCCGUUGCCCUACUCUCAGAUCAGUAGGCUGAAUGCCCUGCAGCUCCGGCUCAUGGUGCCCGUCACUGUCGUGUUUACGGGGGGCUCAGUGCCCCUGGAUGACCUGGAGAAGCUGCCCUUCAACGUCGUUCAUGAGAGAGAGAUCCCGCUAAAAUACAAAAUGAAAAUCAAAUGCCGCUUCCAGAAGGCUUACCGUAGGGCUCUGCAGCAUGAGGAGGAGGCCCUGUCAGUGAACAGUGUGCAAGAGGCAGAAGCUAUGUUAGCAGAGCCCCAGGAGCAGCAGGAAGGAUCUCUGACUGUGUAUGUCAUCUCUGAAAACUCUUCUCUUCUUCCAAAGGACAAGAUGAGCUACAUUGGCCCCAAGAGGACAGCAGUUGUACGAGGGCUAUUACACCAGGAGGCCUUUAACAUCAUUGGCCGCCGCAUAAUCCAAGUAGCCCAGGCCAUGUCUUUGACUGAGGAUGUGCUUGCUGCUGCCCUGGCUGACCACCUUCCCGAGGACAAGUGGAGUUCUGACAAGAGGAGGCCUCUUAAGUCCAGCUUGGGCUACGAAAUCACUUUCAGUUUACUCAACCCUGAUCCCAAGUCCCAUGACGUGCACUGGGACAUCGAGGGGGCCGUCCAGCGUUACGUGCAGCCGUUCCUGCAUGCCCUCAGUGCUGCUGGCAACUUCUCUGUGGACUCUCAGAUCCUUUACUAUGCAAUGCUGGGAGUCAACCCCCGCUUUGAUCCAGCUUCUUCUAGCUACUACCUGGCUACACACAGCCUCCCGCAUGUCAUCAAUCCAGUGGAGUCACGGCUGGGAUCCAGUGCUGCUUCUCUUUACCCCGUGCUCAACUUCCUGCUCUACGUGCCUGAACUUGCUCACUCCCCACUCUACAUUCAGGACAAGGACGGGGCUCCAGUGGCCACCAACGCCUUCCACAGUCCCCGCUGGGGUGGCAUUAUGGUGUACAAUGUUGACCCCAAAGCCUACAACACCUCGGGGUUUCCGGUCAGAGUCGAGGUGGACAUGGUGCGCGUGAUGGAGGUAUUCCUGGCUCAGUUGCGCCUGCUCUUUGGAAUUGCUCAGCCCCAGGUGCCUCCAAAGUGCCUGCUUUCGGAACCUAACAGAGAAGGACUAAUGGUGUGGGAACUGGACCGACUGCUCUGGGCUCGGUCAGUGGAGAACCUGGCCACGGCCACCACCACACUCACAUCACUGGCCCAACUUCUAGGCAAGAUCAGCAACAUUGUCAUCAAGGAUGAUGUGGCGUCUGAGGUAUAUCGGGCAGUAGCUGCAGUUGAAAAGGCAGCAGAAGAGUUGGCCACGGGGCACCUAGCCUCUGCCUUCCUUGCCAGCCAGGAAGCCGUGACAUCUUCAGAACGUGCCUUUUUUGAUCCCUCACUCCUCCAUCUCCUCUAUUUUCCUGAUGACCAGAAGUUUGCCAUCUAUAUCCCACUCUUCCUGCCUAUGGCUGUGCCCAUCAUCCUGUCCCUGGUCAAGAUCUUUCUGGAGACCCGCAAAUCCUGGAAGAAGCCUGAGAAGAUGGACUGA